ACUUGAGGACAACUGAAUCCCGGAGUUAAACGCCGGAUAAAUAUAGCAACUGACCUAAGAAGAAGUUUUACCAUACAGAAAACAGACUUAGACCUUGCAUGGUAACUGUGUACGAAAAUAUAUUUCGCCUUUUUACAGUGAUCUACGUUUGAGAAUUCCUAUUUCCAGGCGAUGCUGGAUCAAUAUCUUCCACGUAUGAUAGAGGUAUCAAUACCCUCUUUAGAGAGGGAACUGGACGAAUCGGGCAAAUUACGCAAACUCUACAGAGUGGAAAUUUUGUUUAAUGGAAGGAAACACUUUGUUCUCAGACGUCACAGUGAGUUCCAUUCACUUCACAGAAAGCUUAAGAAGACUGUGCAGCUCCCUGAUUUCCCUAGCAAACGAAGCCCUCAUCUUAGAACCAAACCACUGGAGCAAAGGAGGCAGGAGCUUGAGGACUAUGUCCAGGAGAUUCUGUAUCAGAAUGAAGUCGUUCCUCAAGAGUUAUUGGAUUUCUUGCAGGUUAAACACUUCCAUUCAGUGAACAAGAUCUGUAAUGAAAAAAGCUACAGGGAUGAUUCACAACCUCAAGGAUAUGGCUGUCAACUGCUUCAUCAGCGUGUAGUUGGCUUCUCAAAUGAUCCAUAUCUACUGGACUCAAACUCUGAGCUUCCAGAUAUUAUUGUGAGUGGGGUCCUCCAGGGCCUGUACCCCAGAGAUAUAAGAGUCAGUUUCAAGACCUGCACCAAGUCAAGUGUAACAUCUGCCUUACCUUGCCCACCAACUGCUCCCCCCACCACUACAGACAGAAACAGCCUCAACACGCCUGAGACCAAGAAGGCUUGAGAUGGGAGUUUUUGUUAUGUUCAAUCACUUUAAUUAGGGAGGUUCUCAAAUUGUGCUAAUGUGUGAUUCUUUUUUUUCACCUUGGCAAUGUUUCAGGGCAUUGUGUUACUGACCAUUAAGUUGUGUUGCUCAAUUCAAUCUUGAGUAGUUUGUACUUAUAUUUGACAUAUGGGAACAGAGUGUGCAUUUUUAUGUAGAUUUAGCUCAAUAAGACAACACAUAAAGUUAUUAAAGUUACAAAUAGUGGGGACUCCGUGUUUCCUUUGACCUUGAAUCUUUCCCCAGCCAAUAGUAGUUGUUUCUUUAGUAACCUCGACAACCUCUGAGUAAUGAUGGUGAUGUUGACAGAACACACUGAAAACAUAGCAUGCAGCGGUACCUCAAUAACCUAAACUACACGUGUAGCUACAGUUGGCCCUUGGUAUCUGCGGGGGACUGGUUCCAGGACCAGUUUUGCCUUUUGGAACUUUCUGGAAUAUUUUCGACUCGCGGUUGAUUGAAUCCGCGAAUGCGUAACCCGUGGAUAUGGGGGGACGAUUAUAUUUAAAAUGAGAGGACUGCUUAGUCAACCUUUGUGAUUAACGAGGGAGGGAAUUUGAAAGUACUAAUGUACCCCAAGUACUAAUGAUCACGUCCUGAAAGGCAGCAGUUGUCCUUUAAAGUUGGCUAAGUGGAUAUUGCGUACCUUGGAGAUACAUUUCUCUUUUUUCUCAUUACAAAUCCUGUGCUAAUACUGACCAAGUUGUUUGAUCAGUGUAAAAAGAUCUCUACUUUGAACAUGAUGAGUUUACUCUUUUUAAGAAGUUGCUCGGGGACACUGGACAUUGACAAUUGUAAACAUAAUUUACUCCUCAUGUGGUCACAGCCAUGGAAAGAUCUACAUUAUAUUCGUGAGCACUGGCAAUCAGCCCUAAUCCAGUCAAGCAGAGCAGAAUAAUGCAUACAGUAUUUAGUGGGUUACCUUUGCCGAGAGAGUGGUGCUAGACCCUCUCCAUGCUGUUGUAAAAGUGUUCUUGACAUUUGUAUUUCAAUUAUGGUCAUUUGCUUGGUCAAAAUUGGUUUAAACUCAGUAAUUCCUAAAUAGUAGG